ACUACAGAAGAAGAAGAAGAAGAAGAAGAAGCAGCAGCAGUAGCAGGAGAAGAAGAAGAAGAGGCUAACAUUGGGCAGUCAUUGUAUGCUAACGGAUUCUCCGCAGGGAAUCUUGGCCUUUUCGGGUUCCGUUCCUGUCCUAUUUGUAGCUCCACACAAAAUGGCUCUGUUAACGCCGUUAUUUGCUUUCCUGUAUCACCUGCCACAGGUGUACAAGUGGCUGCUGAAACCUUAUUACAUAGCGUCGCUCUUCAUGUCUGUAGCCUUUCAAGCUGUCCGCAAGACGCCUGGCAUCUGCGACCAUCUGUCCACACAGCGAGAGGACGGCAACUCCUGCGACUUUGACUGGAGAGAGGUGGAGAUCCUCAUGUUUCUCAGUGCCAUCGUCAUGAUGAAGAACAGACGAGCAAUCACGGUGGAGCAACAUGUGGGAAACAUCAUCCUUUUCAGCAAAGUGGCCAACGUCAUCUUGUUCUUCAGACUGGACAUCAGGAUGGGACUGCUCUACCUGACACUCUGCAUAGUUUUUCUGAUGACCUGUAAGCCUCCUCUUUACAUGGGACCAGAGUACAUCAAAUACUUCAGCGACAAAACCAUUGAUGAUGAGCUUGACAGAGACAGUCGUGUGACGUGGAUCGUUGAAUUUUUUGCUAACUGGUCUCCGGAAUGUCAGUCCUUUGCUUCAGUCUACGCUGAUCUCUCUCUAAAGUAUAACUGUGCUGGCCUCAAGUUUGGCAAAGUGGACAUUGGACGUUAUGGAGAGGUUUCAAAAAAGUAAGUACAAGUUUCUACGUCCCCACUGUCCAAACAACUCCCCUCUCUGGUGUUGUUUCAAGGAGGGAAGGAGGUGAUGCGGCGCCCUCAGGUGGACAGAAGCAGAGCAGUGUCAUGGAGCUUCACUGAGGAGAACAUAAUCCGAGAGUUCAAUCUGAACGAACUCUACCAGAAAUCCAAGAAGCUCAACAAAACAAGAGACAAGAUCUGUCAAUCACAGUUUCCCCCGGUCCCUGAGGAGGAGGAGCCAGAGCAGCUGGGAGGUGAAGUCCAGGAGGAGGAGCCUGAGUCCAAGAAGGACAAAUAAGGACAGUUUGUACCUCCUUAGCUUGAACUUCAUCUGGGUGGCAAACAUGUGUCUGCUCUUUAAAGUGUUCAGUUUAGAUGAGAA